UGUUGAUUCUAGCAUUUGCUUUCAUUAUUCACAACGUCUUUCUUCCAUACCGACCGCAGUUACUACACCACAGUUGCAGUCUAUUUAAAGUUGAUAUAGUGUUCGGUGCAGCGCCAGAAGUGGCUCACAGAGCGCUGUACGCUGCUUGUUCUUGAGAAAAUGGCCGAUGCUGGGGCCAGUAGUGUCAGCAGCAGCAAAGUUGAGAGAAAAGGGCAGGGACGUAUUGUGGAGCUGCCGACUGCUCUCCGUGUAUGUGAGCGCGGUGCCGUCGUUCACGAUAGUGCAUCCCAGUCAUCCUGACGACGGGGCUAUAAAGUGUUGUGCCGCGUCGAAACAUACACGGACUCGUCGUGGAUAUUCGCUAGUGUACGUCGACGUUGAUGUCGCUGAAAAAAAGGCGAGUGAGACAAAUUUGUGCACGUACGCAUCAAGUAGCUACGCGCGCCGCUGCUGCGACGUUCGUGCACACAAUACUUAGCAAUCCUCGUGAGUGCGCGCUCCAAAAAAUAAAGCACGCGAAAGAGAGAGAGAGAGAGCAAUCGAGUGAGAAGAGGAAGGAAGAAGAAAAAGACAACGAAGAGAAUAGGCGCGUGUAUACUUCCCCUUCUGUCUCUCUCCCUCUCUCUUUCUCUCUGUCGCGAUAUUAUAAAUACCAUCGGAUCAUGAAAGGUGUAUGUUAUGUAGUAGCUCAGUGUCAAGGAGUAUAAAAAAGAGUAGUCUGUAUAUAGCUACACAGUGCAAUCAACGAUAACGAGAAGGAGAGAGGGGGAGAGAAGGACAAAGUGCGUGUGCGAAUGUGUUUGUGAACGUGUAUACGGUCGUGGGCUAUAUAGGCCGAUUAAUAAAUACAUAAUAUAUGCCAGUGGCAACAAUACCCUUACAGCAGACUUCUUUUUGAUUACUAUAACCAGAGCCAGACGGAGGCACAGAUAAAUGAAUAUGCAGCAAGAUUUCACAAUUACAUUAUUUAAAAAUGGUUGUCAGGUAGUUUAAGAUUGUUGGAUAUCUAUUCAUAAUCAUAAUACUUACAAGUUUACGAUAUCUUCGAAAAUGUGAACAUUGAAGAGCGGAAUGAAGCCGCAGAAAAAGUCAAUAAUUGGCCGAAAGGCAACCAAAACAUCGGUGGUUGCCAAAAAACGAAGUGCAUCUCUUGAAAAGUCUGCUAUACUGGAAUUAAAAAAAGAAAAAUGUUUUAAAAAGUUAACAAAACUGGGUGAGUCAAAAAAAAAAAUUGUUUCGGAAUUAAAGAAAAAGAAAGUAAUAGUCGAGAAGAAAAAAGAAAAAUUACCGAAAGUCGACGAACGGAAACAGAAAAUUAUUAAAGAAUCCAUAGAAAAACCUGAAAAAAAGUGUGACAGAAUGAUAGAAAAAAAAAUCGAAGAUAGAGAAGAUAUAGAUUUAAAUGAUAGUUCGGAUAAGAAAAAAAUAUAUAAACCCGAUGACAAAAGUAAAAAUGACAAACAAUACACUCAAGAAGCAAAAAAGCAAUUUGAUAAAAUUGAGGAAAAAGAUGAAAAAACCAAAUCUCUAAACGGUAUCGAAGAAAAAAUCACUCUUGAAAAUAAAAUUGACGAUAAAAUAUCAAUGCUACCGGUUAAAAAAAGAUUAAAGGAGGAGAAUAAAAGAAGAGAAGCAAAAUUAAUGAAAUUAGAAUCUAAGGAUAAUUUAAAAAUUAUAACUGUCAAAGAUAUCAAAAAACCAGAACGUAAAAAAUCUCCAGAACAAGAAACAUUACAAAAAUCAUCUCCAAUUAGGAUUAAGAAGGAACUAAAGAUGAAACAAUCAUCGAAAAAAAAUUCACAUAGAAAGACUGCCUUUGGUACGAAAAAACCCCAUGUACCAAUAGUUAAAAAAUUAUUCGAUAAGAAAUCGAAGCUAGUCAAAUCUGCACAAGGAGCCGAGAAUUUGUCGACUAGUUCAUCAUCAUUGAUGAAUCUUGAGAUAAUAAAAGAUUUAAAACAAGACAAGAAAAAGUCGGUAUCAUCAAAAGUCAAAGAUAUGUUAGCGAAGAAGUUUAAUGAUGAGAAAUCUGUGAAAGCAACAAUAAGGCUGUCACAAAAAAAUACAAAAAUGAAUUUAAUUGUAAAAAACGAGGAUAAGGUAAAAAAUGGAAAUCUUGAUAAAAAUUCUAUGAAAAAAUCAGAUUUCAUCAAAGAUUUAGAUACAAAUUUUAGCGAAAUAAAGAAAUCUCCAAAAGAGGAAUCUUGCGUUGUACAUACAGAUAAUAUUAAGAAAGAAAUUAUCGAUGAACAGGAAAUAAAUAAAAUUAAAGAAGAUUCUAAAAAAAGUUCAAAAUUAAAAAUUGCCAAAAAGAUAAUUAAAAAAUCAUUUAAAAAUUCAAAAAUUUCAAACGAUACUGAUACCGACAAAACUGAAAUUACAUCUGAUGAGAACAUAAAGCAACAAUCAAAGACUAUAGAAAAUCAAUCUAAAAAUGCCGUUAAUUCGACAAAGGAAGAGCAAGAUUUGAUAAAAGUGAAUUUAAAAGUCGAAACUGUAAAUGGCGAGAGUAGUGAAAGCGUAUCUACUUCGGAAUCAGAAGAUGGUGACGAGGAUUAUGCUCGAAGAAGUAGAUCUAAGACCUUUUCAAAAAUCAAAGAACGUACCCCUUCUGAGGAACGAGUCAUGACCAAUCGAAUGAAACUCUUUGGAUUUUGGAGCGGACCGAAAAGACAUAGAGUAGCUUCAUUGAACGCAUUAGCAAAAGUGCAUUGUCUUUAUGAGAAUGAGAAUGGAGGUGUUUAUCUGGGAGGUUUCUGUAAGCCUAAGCCUGAAAAAGAGAAGGAAAAGGAUAAGGAAAACAAGCCGAGAAAAUGCAAGGAAGAAAAAGAAGAUAAAAUUCAGCAAAAGGAUAAAAAAUGCAAUAAGAGUAAAGGUGAAGAGACAUCUGCAAAGAGAAAGUUAAGAAAUGUUCCUGGAUUGCGUGGAAAACAUUAUGACGUGCUUGAGGGAUUAACUUCUUCCUCUUCUUCCGAUGAAGAUAUAGAAAUGCGUCGAGAGAAGGAAAAAGAAAAAAAGAAAAAAGAAAAGGAAAAGGAAAGACUAGAACGGGUGAAGGAAAAAAAGUUAGAAGAAGAAAAAGAGAGAGAAAAGAAAAAAGGGGAAGAAGGGAACGAGAUAGAGGUUGUUCCGAUGAAAAAGCCAAAACAAAAACGAAGAAAAAAGAACACGGAAAUUAUGGACCUUAAAGAUAUGGUGGUUUGUAAACGUAUGGCUAGUUUAAAUGCUUCUGCUAUUCUUGCCGCAUCAUAUUCCGAUGAAAAGAAUCGUUUAGGUACUAGUAGUGAAUCUUCUUCAAGUAGUGAAUCAGAUGUUGAAUUUAUUAAAAGACGACGUCAAAGUGAUUCAGACAUAGAUAAGAGAAAGCAGCGUCAAGGCGGUUCAGAUGCCGAUGAUUUGGUCAAACCUUCCAAGAAAGUAAUGAUAGUUAAUCAGGACACUGAUGUUACAAUAACUGGUGUUUAUGUAAAUCAAACUCGAUCUACUCAUCAUGAAGGAUUCUGUAGUAUUGCUGGAAUGCAGUACAGAAUAUGUUCUACUAGCCACACACAAACUGCUGCAACAGCGGUUGCUACAGAGCUACACGAUCAGAAGGAGCAACCGUGCAAAUCUUACACUCCGCUUGGAGCGCUUUCGUCGAUGCAACCACCUGGUUCACAAGGAAAUCAUUCGAAUAUGUCACCGCGAAGGCACUCUGCUUUCUCAGCACCACAUCAACAUGGAUACUAUCAGCCGGCUGGACCGCUGAUACAGCAUCCAUCAACGUUGCAGUCGGUGAAGGGUCCGCCGCCGGAACCGACACCGACUCCCCCGCAGAAUUCUGAGGGUUCGGACGAUAUUGUCGCAACCUCUACAACGUCAGGUGGAACGAGUAGUACAGGUGGUGGGUUCUAUCGUGCCUACUGCCCACAGUAUUAUGCGACACCACCGCAGUACCAAGAUCUUUGUUAUUCGCCCUCGUACUCGCAUUCUCAUCCACAUCCGCCGCCUUACUAUCAUAAAUAUGCACCACCUUAUCGAAGGCAAUAUUAUGGAUACCAGGAGUCAGGACCUGGUAGCGGUCCCGGUGGCUCUGGGGCUGGUCCCGGUGUUGUUGAGUAUCAACCACCGCCUGGCGAGUAUUUACCUUAUUAUGGUGGAUAUCCGCCGCCUCCACAACCACCACCACCGCCACCGAAUCCAGCGUAUCUGCACUCUCAGGGACGACCUUUCGUUGACCAUGCCUUUCAAAGCUGUCCGUGCCCUAUGCAAUCGUGUCCAAAAAACGCGGAUACUGGGCCCCUUAUUGGUAAUGGUAAGGGAGCGCCAGUGAUAUCGGGGCCCGGUCUGUCAUUGCCACCCAGCGCCUUGGUGGGGCCGCCCUCACCCGCGCGGGGUCUAGCUGGGCUAGCACCCCCGCACGGCGCCAACGCCUGGGACACGGAUCGCGUCCAAUUGAGUCCGGCUCACCGUAGCCACAAUCAGAACCAACAGCAACAGCAGCAGCUGCAACCGGCCUUAUCGCAACAAGCCGGACACAGCAGUCGUGUCAACAUCGACUGUAUAACCAAAGGAGAUGCGGAACGUACUGAAGGUAAAAUGCACAGUAGUAAAUAUGCUUAUAGUCAAAAGCAAGUUGUGAACUGCAAUUCAGGAUAUGACGUGAAGCUUGAGCAAAAUGUUUCACCAGCGAAUAGUAUGACUGAUGACUCGAAAACGACUCACGGUGCCUCUAAACUCCAUGGUCAACAGUGCCAUCAACAUAAGAAGUAUCAUAGAAAUCUCAAGCUCGAGAAUAACAAUGUUAAAUGUGAAUUAUGCAACGUCGAGUUUCAGCAGAAACGCAUCAGAAUUGGGAAACCCGCUACUGUGUCAGCUAUCGAUGAGGGACAACAACGGGACCAGCAACUUGAACACAUUACCUGUGCAUCCAGCUGUAAAAUUAAAUCCGAAUCUGGCUACAAAUGUGAAAUCUUUCGAUGUGAGCAAUGCAUGAAGGAAGCUGGGCAAUUGGCUAUUAUGGAAAUGAAUAAGAAUUCGGGCAUUUUAGACGAUGAUGCUGCAAGCAGUAAGUUAGAAACUGACGCCGAAGUUAAAGAGGAACUCAAUACACUGCAGAUCGAUUUAGUACAAUGGAACAAAGCGGAUUAUGAACCUACAGCGUCGGAACCAGUAAUCAAAGAUGAUGGGACCGUGAAUGGGAAUAGGGAAGAAGAAAAGGAAGAUAACACGAACAAAUAUUUGGAAAAACAUUGCAAUAGUAAACUGUUACACCAACAAAGAUGCGAGAAAGUAAAUAGAAGAAAACUGUCGUUAGAUAGUCUUUCAGACUUCGCCAAAUUGAAAAAGAUUAACAAAAGAACCCUGUCCGUUGGUUCAGCUAGAGAUUUUACGACAUCUCACCAGGUAUUAAUUGCACCAACGGUAACAUCGAAUAAUAUUAACGGAGCUUCCAUAGAUGGGAAUGAACAUAUAAAAGAAUCACAGAAUUCUUCGAGGAAAAAGUUGACCAUAAAAGAAACUUCAAAUUUAAAACGUAAAGCCAGUAAUUUGAGUUUAAUUGAGACGCCACCAAAAAAAUUAAAAACCGCUUCAAUAAAAACUGUGGCAAGUGAAACUUCGAUAAUGGAGACUAUAAAUAAUGUAAUUCAACAAAGUCUACAGAUGUCACAAAAAUCUACAAAAAUAAAAAAAAGUAGAAGCCGAAACAACGGAAAAGUUGAGAAAAAGAGCAAGAGGAGUAUAAAUCUUCUUACGACGAUCAAAUGUGCCUCAAAGAAACUCGACUUGGUUAAAGCUGUUGUAUCUGAAAAGCUUGGACUCAUUAGAAAUGAAAUUAAAAACAGUCAACAAAAGAUCAAUAAUAAAGUUGACUCAAAGAUAAAGUCAAAAAUACAAAAUGUUAAAGCAAAAAAUAGUAAAAUCAAACCUAAACUAUUUCAAGUCAAAUCCAAAGUUCUGGAAUCAAAGAAUAAUAAUAACAAAAUUUUGGAAAUAAAGAGUAAUAAAAUUUUAGAAGCAAAAAAUACUAGUAAUAAGAUGUCGGAUAUAAAAAAUUUUAAGACUGCAGGGGCUAAGAAUGACAAUAAAAUAACAGAAUCUAAGAACAAUAUCAACAAGGUUAUAGAACCAAAGAAUAACAAGAUCUUAGAAACGAAAAAUCAUAAGAAUAAAAGUCAAGAUGGAAAUGAAAUUAAAGAAACAAAAGAAACGAAGGAAAUUAAAUCUAGUGUUAUUACCACUUCUAUUUUUGCAUCUAACUUUGUUUCAACUCCUUUUUAUAUAUCUGAACUUGCAUCUUCGAAAGAUACGAAGGUAAACAAAUUUAAGGGAAAAUUGCAGGAGGGAGUAAUAGAUAUAAAAAAGAGCAAAAAAAAAGGCAAGAAUGGAAAAAAGUUAGUCAGAAUAGAAAGCUUCAGUAAAAUUGAAGAGCAAAUCAAAGAUCCGUUUGACAAGAGCUUGUUGAUUCCUCGGAGGCCUUUUCUCAAACCCAAGUGGAGCAAUGGCUGGAGCUGGCAUGGUGAGGCAUUUGAAGCUAAAGUUUAUUUAACGAACGAGGAGUCAGCUAUUCGUCGAUGUUAUGCUAGUAUGAGACAUGAAAGUGGUGAUGUUCUUCAACCACUAGACUGUGUUUUGCUGAAAAGUGGUCCAAGGAAAGCUGAUUUGCCAUUUGUGGCAAAAAUUGCCGCACUUUGGGAAAAUCCGGACGAUGGAGAAAUGAUGUUCUCGUUAUUAUGGUACUACAGACCAGAGCAUACUGAACAAGGUCGUGCCGAGAAUGACACCGAUGACGAGGUAUUUGCCUCCCGACAUCGAGAUGCUAAUAGCGUUGCUUGUAUCGAGGACAAAUGCUAUAUUCUUACUUUUAAUGAAUAUUGUCGGUAUCGAAAGAAUCUCCGCAGGAUCGAGGAGGGCCUUGACUAUCCAGGCCUCAUUGUACCUCCGGGUGAUCAACUUUAUCCUCGUGAAAUCCGUCAACCUCCCAUUCCCGUGCCUCAGGAUAUGGUCCUGUUUUGUCGACGAGUCUACGAUUAUCGUAGUAAGAAGCUAGUUAAAAAUCCUGGAUGACUCGACCAAUACUAAAGAAGAAAUAAUAAUAAGUAAACAAAAAUAGCCACGCUCAAAAGCUGUUCAAUAGCUAUGAGAAAAGAGGAAGGGAAUAUUAAUAAUGUGUGCGCGCGCCUGUGUAUUAUCCACGCGUAAUUCAUCAACAAAAAGAAACUGAACAAAAAUACGUGUAAUAUCAGUACUGAUGAAUAUUCUGCGCGUUAUUGAAAUUAACGAGGAUACAGAUGAAAAACGCAUUCUCAGUGGAUUUGACAAUUUUAUAGAUUAAAAUGAAGUAAUAAAAUAACCAUAUUUUUUGCAAAGUACUCUUU